AUGUCUACUUGAGACCCCGCACAUGGCCUUAACAACAUGGGACCACGGUGUCACCAUCAACGUGUACAAUCCCCACGGGAACUCCGUUGAUCCGAUCUCUGGCCUGUGAGUCCCUAGCCCGUCCUGUUUCGACCUUGACCUCACCGCCACAUUCUAGUUCAUCGCCCUCGUCGCUUCCACCGUGAUACCGUCGGUGAGUCCUGGGCCCACCUCAGAUUUCUUCAUGCCGGAUGCGGUCAGUCGACUACGGUGGACCGCAUUGGCGGGGCUGAGUCUGGCCUCCACCGCCGUGGUGGCUUACCACUUGUACCGCAUGCGGGCCCGAGUCCAAUGUCAGGCGUGGCGACGCCAACUCCUAAAUCAGCUCCAAUGCCAAGUCUAUUUCGCCCAAGCCGGACCCGCCCUGCCAAAACGGGUCCAUUUGAUUCAAAGUUCUCCGGAAUGGACGGCCAUUUCGCCUCAAAUUCAUGAGCGACUCCAAGAUCGACCCUUGAUGGGCGUGGAUUGCGAGUGGUACACGCCCCGUGAAAAGGGGGCUCCGGUGGGACCGGUAGCCUUGAUUCAACUGGCCUUUCAUGACGGUUGGUGUGUGUUGGUGCGGCUCAAUCGUUUGGGCGGGCUACCGGCCGAAUUGCGGGUUUGGCUGUCCGACGCCCAGAUCCUUAAAUUGGGCGUGGGCAUCAACGAGGAUGCUCGCAAGUUGGAGCGCGAUUACGGCCUGUCAGUGCGCGGUUGUUGCGAUUUGCGGCAUUGGGUCCAGCAGUUUCGACCCCAUUUGCGACGACGAGGCUUAGCCGGUCUAGCUUACGCGUUUCUAGGCGUUACGAUGGACAAGGAUUGGCGGGUGCGGGCGAGUAAUUGGGAGAACCCCGAACUGACGCCCGAGCAAAUCAAAUACGCGGCUAACGAUGCGCUCGUGGCCAUUAAUAUAGGACUGGUGAUGUUAAUGGAAAACUGCCAUGAUCCGCCCUCCGAUGUUCAUCAUGUCCACGAUCUGUGUCGAGCCCAGUUCUUUGAGCCGUUAUUUCGGCCGUGCGCCGACCGACCUUUCAAAGAGCGGCGCUCGGACGCCCGAACCUCAUUGUCGCCUGACUCAGCGUCCAAUGGGAGGGGUCUUCAAAGCCGAUUCGACCGGGCCAAAGAUCCGGUCAAAAAGAUGUCGAUCAGAAAAACACCAUUGUACCAUAAUGCCCGACUUUUGGCCCCGGAUGGGCAACCCUUGUGCGUGUGUGAUACCAAGAAAGCCCAAUGGUACAUUCAAAAAGGUCUGGGCAUUCAAGUCGAGGCUGAGGCCUUCACUGUGAAGCUCAAUUUCGAGCCCUCAGGCCGACCCGAGGGAGCUGCGGGCGAGUAUUAUUUGACAUUUAAAGAGAACGUGUGUGUCGUUUGCGGUCAAUCGGAUUCGUACCUCAGGAAGUACAUUGUUCCCCAUGAGUAUCGGAAGCAUUUUCCCGAUAUCAUGCGGGAUCACCAAAGCCACGACAUACUGCUUAUGUGUGUUCAAUGCCAUCAACGUUCCAAUCUUCAUGACUAUGAUCUUCGUCAUAAAUUGGCACAGGAAUGUAACGCACCCAUUGGAACCGAUGAGGAUGUCAAGGUUCGGGAGGAUUUUGCUCUCAAAGGCGUUCGAUCGGCAGCCAGAGCAUUGGAAAAACACCGGAAAUUUCAAAAUCUCCCGGAAGCUCGAGCUCAGGAGUUGUCAAAUCUCCUUAUGGAUUACUAUGAAACUGAUACCGUCACGGAUGAAGUGAUUGCUAAGGGGGCGAAUUUGGAAUCGGCCAUAUACAAUGCCGAAUACUUUCCUCAUGGUCGGAAAGUUGUGGAUCACUAUAUGAACACGUGUGGGAUCAUACCCUUGGAGAAGAAAUGGCGAGAGCAUUUCUUAUUGAAAAUGAAGCCCAAAUUUCUGCCUCCACUUUGGUCCGUGGAUCAUCAACAAGAGAGGUUGGAUGUGAAGGCAGCUGAAAAUCGGAUUGAUCUAAAUGCCUACAGAAUUGCCACGUCUGGCCUUGGAGAGGCUUGAUGACGUGUCUCGUGACCUCACGCCCAAUGUGGUUCUAAUUAAGGCGUCACAGCCACCUCUCAUUUGACAAAUAAAUAAGAGUAAUUGAUUGAAUAAAAUGAGAUUGAAUUUCCUUG